AUGUGGUACGACACAGCCAUCGCGAGCUCUGCCGGCAUCGCCGCCGACAUCAACCGCAGGUACGCGGAACGGCACGGCUUUGCAUUCGUCUCGAGUGAUGUCGUCUACAGUCCGGAUCGCCGCCCAUCGUGGCAGCGGCUGAGCCUGAUGCUGCGCACUCUCGAGGGCGGAGUGCAAGGCACACCUGUGGCCGCUGUGCUGUGGCUCGAUGCUGACGCAGUCUUCCUGCACGAGAACGGCGACGCGCUUGCGGCGCAGCUCGAGGCACACGGCAUUGUGGGUGGCGGGCGAGGCCCCGACAUCCUGCUCUCCGGCGAUCGUCCGUCCGACCUCUUCGUCAAUACGGGAGUCAUGGUCGUCCGCAACACGCCCUACGCGCGCGCUUGGCUGCGCUGGUUUAUCAGCCUCAACGCCAGCCGGCCCGAGACGAGCAAGGACGCGCCGAUAUGCCUCAAGCUGCUCAUGCGCUUCCCGUGGGAGCAGGGCUGUAUCGGAGAGCUGUGGCACCGCAACGCGAGCGCGCUUUGGAGGCACGCCAAGCUCCUGCCGUACGGCGCGCUUCAGACGGCCGCCGCGCCGCCUCAGUUU